GUUUUAAGACCCGGAGGAUACAAUGUUCACUAAACUCUUCCAGCAGUGGAGUUUCGCAGUGUUUCUGCUGAGUUAUUCCGUGCCCGCUUACGGGAGAUCAGUAGAGGGGAUCAGCCGCAGACUCAAACGGGCUGUAUCAGAGCACCAGCUAUUGCAUGACAAGGGCAAGUCAAUCCAAGACUUACGAAGAAGAAUAUUCCUUCAAAAUUUAAUUGAAGGUGUCAACACUGCAGAAAUCCGUGCAACUUCGGAGGUUUCACCUAACCCUAAGCCUGCUACCAAUACGAAGAACUACCCUGUCCGAUUUGGUAGUGAAGAUGAGGGCAGAUAUCUAACUCAGGAGACAAACAAAUCACAGACCUACAAAGAGCAGCCCAUGAAGGUAUCGGGGAAGAAAAAGAAAGCAAAGCCUGGAAAACGUAAGGAACAAGAGAAGAAAAAGAGGCGAGCCCGCUCGGCUUGGCUAAAUUCUGGCGUGUAUGGAAGUGGAGUGACCGAGAGCCCACUCUUGGACAACUCUGUUACAACACAUAAUCACACUUUAAGGAGGCGCUGACAUUUUCAGCAAGAGAUUUUUGGAAGACAUAUUGCAGUAUUCUGUAAUAGUGAACAUAUGGGAAGUAUUAAAAUAUUUAUUACCUGUAAAUAUUGUAAAUGCUCAGAAUAAAACCUUUUUUCCCCCAUUGC